AUGACGCCGAUACUCGAGCACACGACGCGCAUGGCCGUUCUGCCCGCCUACGUUGCGGCGGCGGCGUCUGCGGCUUUCGUGGUCUACCUCGCCCUCCUCGCCGUCUACCGUCUCACCUUCCACCCUCUGGCCGGCUAUCCCGGGCCCUUCCUCGCCAAGACCACCCCUUGGAGAGACGUCUACCAUGCCUGGCGCGGAGACAAGCAUCUCGACUUCUACGAGCUGCACCAACGCUAUGGCCCCUUCGUCCGCUACGGCCCCAACACGCUCUCCGUCAACGACCCGGCCGCGCUCAAGGCCAUCUACGGCCACCGGGCCAACGUGCGCAAGUCCGACUUCUACCUGGCCUUCCCCGCCGUGCCCGGCGCCUUCAGCACGCACACGGCGCUCGACCGCCACGCGCACGCGCGCAAGCGCCGCGUCAUGUCGCACGCCUUCUCCGACCAGGCGCUCAAGGGCGUCGAGGACUACGUGCUCGGCUACGUGCGCGCGUUCGUGGGCAAACUCACCGCUGCUACCGCCGAUGGUGAUGGUCAUGGCCUUGGUCAUGGUAGUGCCGGCGGCGGCGGGCCGGACGGUUGGUCGCCCGCCCGCGACGUGGCCGAGUGGUGCACCUAUCUCGGCUUCGACGUCAUGGGCGAUUUGGCGUUUGGCAAGUCGUUCAGCAUGCUCGAGGGCGACGUGCCCGAGAAUCGGGAGGCGGCGUUUUUGCUGACGCAGGCGGCGAAGAGGCAUAAUAUCACCGGCCCGAUGCCCUGGCUGCACCAAUCCGGGCUCGACAGGCUGCUGUUCCGCAAGAUCAACCAGGACCGCGACAGAUACCUCGCCUUCAGCCGCAAGCAGGUGGGCCAGCGCACGCAGAGCGACGUGUGGAAGUCGGACCGCAAGGACUUUUUCUACUACCUGCUCAACUCAAAGGACCCGGAGACGGGCGAGGGCUUCGGCAAGCAAGAGCUCUGGGGCGAGAGCAACACCCUGAUCAUCGCCGGCUCCGACACCACCUCGACGACCCUCACCGGCGCCAUCUUCUACCUCCUGCACAACCCGGCCGCCCUCGCCCGGCUCGCCGCCGAAAUCCGCACCACUUUCGCCACAUCCGAAUCCAUCCGCUCCGGGCCCUCCCUCAACGGCUGCGUCUACCUCCGUGCCUGCAUCGACGAAGCCCUGCGCCUCUCGCCGCCCGUCGGCGCCGUGUUGCCGCGCCUCACUCUGCCCGGCGGCCUCGACGUCUGCGGCCGCCACAUCCCGCCGGGCAUCGGCGUCGGCUGCCCCAUCUACGCGCUGCACCACCACGCCGACCACGUGCCGGACCCGUUCGCGUACCGGCCCGAGCGCUGGCUGGCGGGCGAGGUCGAGGCCUCGGGCGGCGACGAGGGCGUGCGGCGGCUGCACGACGUGUUCAACCCCUUCAGCGUGGGGCCGAGGGGUUGCAUCGGGAAGCCCAUGGCGUAUCUGGAGUUGAGCUUGGCGCUGGCGCGGCUGGUGUGGGCCUGGGACAUGCGGUUGGCGCCCGGGGAGCUGGGGAAGGUGGGCGCCGGCGCCAAGGGGAUGGGGACGGGCAGGGAGAGGGAGGGCGAGUUUCAGUUGGAGGAUAUUUUUGUUAGUAACAAGGUGGGACCGAUGGCGCAGUUUAGGCCGAGGCAAGAUUGA